AUGGUGUAUGGCGGCAAGCCCUCGCGAGGCUGCCAGAUGUGCAGAAUUCGCAGAAUCAAGUGCGCAAAGGCCAGACGGGUAUGCCCUGGGUAUCGAGAUGUCGACAGGCCUCGCCCGGCUUCCACUGAGACUGGUGGAAGCUCACAGGCUCCGGGCAAACCUCGAAAACCAGCAUCGAAACCACUGGCAACCACGUCAAAGCGAAGCCAUGGGUCAUCCCCGAAGGGCACCAAUACGUCUUCCUCGCACAGGUCUAUUCAGCCUCCGCUAACCGUACCUGUCGACGAGCUCGCGUCGUGUCACUUCAUCUCGAACUACGUUUUGAUUCCUCGACAAUGCUUGGCAACUAGUCGUGGGUUCCUGGAGUUUGUACUCCCCUUGCUAAAAACGGCGGAACCGUCGCAGCAUUUUCUCUACGCCUUCAAGGCAUGUUCCUUGGCGUCUCUCAACAACCGCGUCGGGACUGGGAAUGACUUUGACACCGCUGCCUUGGGCUUCUACACGAAAGCCUUGGCUUGUACCUUCACGGCUCUAAAGGACCCAUCUGUGGCGAAGCGAGACGACACUCUGGCUGCCAUCUUGCUACUUGGGCUCUUUGAGAACAUCACGGCAAAGACACUCGGGAUGCUGGCUUGGAGCUCCCACAUCGAGGGCGCUAUUCAGCUUGUCAAGUCUAGAGGUCAGGAGCAAUUACGAAGCAAAAUCGGCAUGGACCUAUUCAUUGCAGUCCGAACCCAGAUGAUUAUUCAUUCCCUCAGUACUGGGAAACCACCAACACUCGACGUAGACUGGUGGGUCGCCGAUCCGGUCAGUCACGAGUAUAGCAUGCAGUUUCAGCAACUCAGCAGUCGUGUAGGAGAGCUCAGGAGCGAGGUCAAUGCCCUCCUCGCCACGGUGACUCGGUCAUCUGAAAAUAUAGAGUUGAUGAGAGACACAAUACAGACUUGCAAGUCUCUGGACAAGGAAGUCGUCGUCUGGCUUCGAGAACUGCCGGAGGAAUACGUUUGGAAGGCAGUUGCCUGGGAGCCGUACAAUCCAAAGUGCGAUUACUCCAAGGCCGAGGUCUUCCCUGGCCGUAUCGAUACCUACGCCGAUUUGUGGGUUGUCAACUUCUGGAACGUUAUGCGCUGUAUGCGUAUUAUAUUGGCGUCACUUACGAUACGCUGCACGGCCUGGAUCGACUUCCCUGCCGACUAUCGUACGACGGCGGAGUACGCGACGACAGUGAGAACUUGUGUAGAGGCAAUCUCAGAUAUCAUUGCCUCGGUGCCAUACCAAAUGGGGCUCUUCUCCAAGCGAAAUGACUUGCAGAAAGCCGCGACGCAUUCCGUGUUUGGUUGCGGAGAAGACACAUCAGAGAAGGGCCUGGCAGGAUAUUUCUUGCUUUGGCCGUUGGCUUGCAUUCAAGGUCAGGAUUAUCUCACAGAUUCGCAAAGAAUUUGGGUCAAGGGGCGCUUGAAGUCGAUUGGCAACACUCUUGGUGUGAGAUAUGGCAACCUGCUGUCUCAGUUGAACGUCCGGGUACCGUCUAUGCUGAUUCUCAGGGAUCGGCUGAAGAACAAUCCUCACGAAAUACCAGCCGGCAUUGCAGCUUUGACGGCGGGCACGAUGGGCGGCGGCGGCCCUCGUCCACUCCCAGGGACUUUGACGGCUGGGGAUGCCAUGCUUUUGGGUGCCAUGCCCAGCGUGUCAAAUCCGGGGAUAUCUGUACCUGGGAUGCCCGAGAUGGCGUCAGCUCUUGGCGCUUCAGCGGAUGCCUUGGCAAAACAGGAAGCGAUCCGGAAACAGACGCUUAAGCGUCAAACGGAAGAGCUGGUGACAAAGGCUGUGGAGAGGCCUGGAAAGGUGGAUGACUGGACAGUAAAGAGGUGGCUGCAAUUGUAG